UCCCCUGACAAAAUGGCGGAGUUGGAAAUCGGAAAGCAGUGCACUAUACAACAUUGUCGGCAGUUAGGUAGGAAUCUGGGAGGGGUAGGGUUAGGAAUUUUUACAUAGGUGUGUUAUUGUUUGUCUUUUCACGCUAAAUGUGCAGCGCCUCAGCUUAAGGGCGUCGAUUGUGGUUCAUGCACGAUUGCGAAGUAUGAGGAAGGGACUUUGAUACCGAGGCCACUCUCACCAUUGUUACCCAGUGGUCAGAAACUUAAUCUUUAUCAUUAGACAAAAUGAGUACUAAGCGAAACAAUAGAAUGAAUGACCAUCGUUCCCCCUGUACAUAAUGGCCCACAUCUUCUACAGUAAAGUAAAAGUGAUAGUGGAAUGAACUGGCUGUAAUUGGUCAUUUUCUGGUUUCUGUAGUAUACCAAGAGAAUUGGAAAACUUUAAAUAGAAAGACACAGAAAGCAGGAAUUGUGGACCAGUGAGCUUGACGUUUGUAGUUGGGAAUAUGUCUAUUAAUAGCAGAAUAUUCUAAAUUUUAGAUGAAGAACUUAAGUGACGGGAUAUCACAGCUCUAGGGUAAUGACUUCAAAUAUCUACCAGUGUCUGAGAGAAAACAAAAUUUUAUCCUCCGUCAUAAAUUACCCGCCUCUUACUCUUAAGACUCUGAUUUCUGCAUCAAUGGUCCCCAGUUAGAGAAAACAUAAACAACACUGAGCUCUCUAAGAAUCUUACGUUUCGGUAAGAAUGUGACGUGGUAUUCAAGCUAUGCUUCAAGUCUGGAAAUUAACAUUUUGCUGGAUUUCUUCAUUUCCCUACUAAUAUUAGAUCUUUUCAGUUCAUCUUCAGUAGUUUCACAGUUAUUUGCUUGUGUUACUCAUUUUUCUUCCAAUAUUCUAAUUUCAUCUCUAUUUUAUUUCAUUUGGCACUGUAGUGUCAACUUGCAUAUUUUACCUAGCUCAUUUUAUAAUUUCUGCAGCAGCAACAGGAGGUUGGGCAGCAUCUGGGCUGGGGGUGGGAGAGAGGGGGGUUGAGGAGGAGAAUUGUCGCCAUUUUGAGUUGAAACACUGCAGCAAGAUUCGGGAGAUGCCAGCAUAAAGAGGAGAGAUGGAAGAUUUUCUACCAUUUGUUUGUGAUGCUUGUUCAGGAACCUACUGCCUUGAACAUAGAAAUAAAGAUGCUCAUGGUUGUUCUGGGGUAUUAAUAAGAAAAGAACCAGUUCAGUCUAAAGGAUCUUCAUCUUACAGUUGCAGUUUCAAAAGUUGUAAGACAAAUGAACUUGUGCCAAUAAUUUGCCCGGAAUGCGAUAAACACUUUUGUCUGAAGCAUCGACACCAGUCAGACCAUGAUUGUGAAAAGCAACAGGUGUCUAAAUCACACUUGGUUGUCAUUCAGCAAUCAAAAGAAGAGGCUCUUGCCAAUCAACCUAACCCAGUGAAGAAAGGAAGAACUGGAGCAAAGAAUGAUGCAACAGCAGCAAAAGUUGCUCUGAUGAAGUUGAAGCUGCACGCUGUUGGUGACAAGUCCAUUCCACAGAGUGAGCGAGUAUAUUUUCAAGUGUUUUUGCCGAAAGGAAGCAAUGAGAAAAGCAGACCAAUGUUCUUCUGUUCGAAAUGGAGUAUUGGGAAAGUUGUGGAUAAAGCAGCUUCAUUGUUGAACCUCAGGAAUGACAACAAUAUUUUGGCAUGCAAGAAAUUGAAACUGUGUCAUGGUGAAUCUGGAAAUGUACUCUCAAUGGCAAAUACUUUGGAAUGGUGGAUAACAAGUACUAACAGUCUACUACAAAAUGGUACAACAGUUAUCCUGGAGUAUUUAGACAAUGAUACUUCAAUAUUAGGAAACACAAGCUCAUACAUUGAAUGACCAUAAGUAUAAUAAACAGACUUAAUCAUUGUGAUAGGAAAGAACUUGCUUCUGGUUAUGUAUACGUUGAUGUAAUAUAAUCUUGUCAAAAUGCUGUGUAAGUAAAAUAUCAUUGUAUGGCCAGGACUGUGCCUGUUAAUAAAAAACAAACCUUUAAUCUAUCCAAAACAGUUAACUUUAUUAAGGGCAAUUGUAACUGAAGUUGAACUGACGUUAUUUGGAGCUGAAAAUGGAUUUUCAAAAAUGAUCUCUCGUUUCUAU